UGGUUAUUAACACGAAUUCUCAUCACAUUCCCCCAUUAAUCUAGCAAAAUGGUAGUCAAGAGAGGAGGAGGGAGUGUGAUUCCAAUUGGGUUUUCUUGUUUUUUCUUGAUUUUUGUGGGUUUUGUUUCUGGUAUUAUUCCGACGACCCUCGACGGACCUUUUACGCCGGUGACGGUGCCACUGGACGAAAGGUUUCGUGGGCAUGCAGUUGACUUGCCGUCCGAUGACCCUCGUGUUCGGAGGACUGUUAAAGGGUUUCAACCUGAACAGAUUUCGAUUUCUCUUUCCACCACCCAUGAUUCCAUUUGGGUUUCUUGGAUUACAGGUGAAUACCAAAUUGGGGAUGAUAUAAAGCCAUUAAAUCCUCAUACUGUAGGUAGUAUUGUAGAAUAUGGGAAAGUGAAAUCUUUGAAGACACAAACACAGAAAACAGAGGGCUAUUCUCUCAUUUACAAUCAGCUUUACCCCUUUGAAGGUCUUCAAAACUACACUUCUGGUAUCAUCCACCAUGUCCAACUUACAGGAUUGUCUCCAGAUACCAUCUAUUAUUAUAGAUGUGGAGAUCCUUCGAUUGGAGCAAUGAGUGAUGUUUUUCGGUUCAAAACUAUGCCUGUUUCCGGCCCCAAAAGUUACCCGAGAAUCGGAAUUGUGGGUGAUCUUGGUCUUACGUAUAAUUCGACAUCAACCGUGAGCCAUCUGAUCAAGAACCACCCUGAUCUUCUGCUACUUGUAGGAGAUGCAACUUAUGCUAACUUGUAUCUAACUAAUGGCACGGGUUCGGAUUGCUAUUCUUGUUCGUUUGCAAACACUCCUAUCCAUGAGACCUAUCAACCACGUUGGGAUUUCUGGGGAAGGUAUAUGCAGCCAUUAACAUCUAAAGUACCGAUAAUGGCAAUUGAAGGUAACCACGAAAUCGAAGAACAAGUUGAAGGCACGACAUUUGCAGCUUACAGUUCACGAUUCGCAUUUCCAUCUACUGAAAGUGGAUCUAAAUCCACAAUGUACUAUUCUUUCAAUGCCGGAGGCAUUCACUUCCUAAUGCUCGGUGGCUACACCGCAUACAAUAAAUCAUCGGAUCAAUACAAGUGGUUGCAGAGCGAUUUGGCGAAUGUCGACAGGGAAGUGACUCCUUGGCUCAUUGGCGUCUGGCAUCCGCCGUGGUACAACACCUACGUUUCUCAUUAUAAAGAAGUAGAAUGCAUGCGGGUAGCCAUGGAAGAACUACUAUACGAUGCUGGUGUCGAUCUAAUUUUCAAUGGGCAUGUUCAUGCGUACGAGAGAUCGAACAGAGUGUAUAACUACACUUUGGAUCCAUGUGGUCCGGUGCACAUAACCGUAGGAGACGGGGGUAACAGAGAAAAGAUGGCGAUUCAACAUACCGACGAACCUGGUAACUGCCCUGAACCAUCCACCACACCGGAUUCAUUCAUGGGCGGCUUCUGUGCCACCAAUUUCACAUCAGGGCCGGCAGCCGGGAAGUUCUGUUGGGAUCGGCAGCCGGAAUACAGCGCGUAUAGAGAAAGUAGCUUCGGCCACGGGAUUCUUGAGGUGAAGAAUGAAACACAUGCUCUAUGGACAUGGCACCGGAAUCAAGAUAUGUACAAUGAGGCCGGAGAUCAAAUUUUUAUCGUUCGGGAACCUGAACGAUGCCCUGUUAAAGAUACUACUAGGCGGUGGAGAUCAGCAAAAUGAAUCCCGUUAUACAGCCAGAUUUAUAAGCACAGGGUUUAAACGAGAACCAUAAAUAUUCCAAGAAUAUGAAAACCACCUAUUCAUGAAUUAUUCAUGAUUUUUGAUGGAUAUUCAUUAUGAAUAGCUUGUAAAAUAGUUGGUUCUCAAAUUAUUUACGGUUCUCACUUGAUCUGUAUAACUUAUACGGAUUGAAAUCCUUAGGUCUGAGAUAGAACAUAACACCCAUGACUCAUCUUUUGUUGUAGUAUACUCAAAAUAUUUCAGUAAAAUAUCAGUGAAUCUGGUACAAAUUUCUUC